UUGGCAUUUCAUUCCGGUGAAUGUUAUCGUAACGUUUUUUUUUUCAUUUGUAGUAUUUGUUAUUUGGUGAAAUGUGAGAUCUGAGUUUCAGUUUACGGAGAAUUGAAAUUGAAUAAUUGUUUGACUUUACGUGUGAUCAAGUUUGUGGAUUCUUAUAAUUCAUUAUUUAUUUUUUGAAAAAUGUUGAUAAUGUAGCAAUGUGAAUAUUGUUGAUCCAAACUAGUUCAGUAUUGCGGCUGAGUAGUUGUUGUUUUGAUUAUAUAUGUUGUGUUUUGCCUGUCAUAGCAUUUUACCUCUUUUUUAUCGUUGUUUGAGCCGAAGGUCUAUUGGAAACAGCCUCAGGUAAGGUGCAAACCUCACAUGUGAGAUUUCACUGGGUUUGUUGUUGUUGCUGCUGCUAAUGGUGGAGCUAGGAUUUUCACAAAGGAGUUUUAAUAUAGAAGAAGAAAACAUGUGAAGAAGCUGAGGGGAUUCAACAUCUACUAUGUAUCUAUACAUAAAAAAUAAUUUUAACUUUGUAUAUACCAUGUAAUUUUUUGCCCAACCCCCUCGCCCCUACCAAGCUCCGCCCAUGGUCGUUGCUGUUUGGUGUAAUGUGAGAUAUGAGCUUCAGUUUACGGUAAUUGAAUACUUGGUUGAUUUUGGGUGUGAUCAAGGUAGAGGAUUCUUAAAUACCUAAUGCAUAUAUAUUCUUUUGUUGGAAAAAAAAAUGAUGUUGAUAUUAAAUUUAUAGUUGGCUUGAAUUGGAACCAAGUGGAUAUAGUUGAUCCAAAUUAGUUCAGGAUUGUGGCGUAGUAGUUGUUGUUUAAGUAUACAUGUCGAGCUCUGCCUGUCUGUCCUGCUAUUUCUUUAACAUUUUACUGGAACUAUUUAUCAGUUUGAGGUGUGUCGGUGGAGUACAAUACAAUAACUAGAGUAUAGGACUUGUUCUUUUGUGUUUAUCAGCAGGGAAUGAUCUUUAUUUCCAUUCUGUGGUAGUUUGAUGUAUGGUUUGACUGGACUGCACACAUGAAUAGUAUUAAUGGAGCUUGAUGUUUUUUUUCCUGUUAUGUAAGAGCAACCUGUGCUUGGAUGGUUUUGAGACGGAAAAGCCAUAAUUGCAUUGAACUCUAGCGUCACAACUUACUUCGUCAUUCUUUCCUCCUUGUCACGUAGAUGUCAGUAUCCUGUGUUCUAGAAGGGGGAUCAGAUGCUUAUUAUGAUGACCGUAGAGAAAGAAAAUCAGACUUUGAGAAUUCUGAGGAUGAAACACGGAGAUUCAGAAUUGGUGCUUUCAGGAAAAAGGCAAUCAAUGCUUCCAACAAGUUCACUCGCUCCCUCAAAAAAAGAGGAAAAAAGAAAGUUGAUUACAGGUUUCCUUCGGUUUUGAUAGAGGAUGUCCAUGAUGCAAAGGAAGAAAAUGUUGUCUAUGAAUUGCAUCAACAACUUCUUGACAGGAAUUUGUUGCCACCCAUACAUGAUGACUACCAUACCUUGUUGAGAUUCUUAAAGGCAAGAGCUUUCAACAUUGAGAAAACUAUUCAGAUGUGGCAAGAAAUGCUUAACUGGAGGAAGGAGUAUGGAACAGACACAAUAUUGGAGGAUUUUCACUUUGAAGAGCUGGAAGAAGUCCUGCAGUAUUACCCCCAAGGAUAUCAUGGAGUUGACAGGGACGGAAGGCCUGUGUAUAUUGAAAGGCUUGGACAAGCUCACCCGAACAAAUUAAUGCGAAUCACCACAAUUGAUCGCUACAUGAAAUAUCAUGUCCAAGAGUUUGAAAGGGCCCUACAUGAGAAAUUCCCUGCAUGUUCUAUUGCAGCAAAGAAAAGGAUCUACUCAACAACCACAAUUUUGGAUGUGCAAGGCCUUGGAGUUAAAAACUUCACCAGGACAGCUGCUACUCUUUUGGCAGCCAUGGCAAAAGUUGAUAACAACUACUUUCCUGAGACAUUACAACAGAUGUUCAUUGUCAAUGCUGGCCCUGGCUUCCAAAAGAUACUUUGGCCUGCAGCACAGAAAUUUCUGGAUGCAAAGACUAUUGGCAAAAUACAGGUUCUGGAACCUAAAUCUUUGGGUAAACUGCUUGAAGCGAUUGACCCUAGUCAGUUACCUGACUUUCUGGGUGGCUCUUGUACCUGUUCUGUUGAGCGUCGCUGCCUCAGGUCUAACAAGGGUCCAUGGAGUGAUCCUGAAAUAAUGAAGCUUGUACAUGACUUAGAGGCAAAAACUGUGAAGCCAAUAUCUGGAAUAUCCAGAGAUCAAAGGAGAAUUGAUUCCUCUAAACAGAUACGCCCACUAAAGGGAAGAAUUAAUGAGACAUCAACAGCUGAAUCAGUAUCAGAUGUUCAUUACCCAUGUUCUCCAAUUAGACGAAGUAGCAGUUCAAUUCCACAGCUGUCCCUACUUGAUGAGGAAGCAAGGGAAUCGAAUUCUACCCCCUACUGUAGUUGUGAUGAGCAAUUCAGCACAGGUGAACUAGUUGAUAUUAAUAAGCAUGUCUCCCUAUGUUGCCCAGAGCCUCCAGAAUGCAAUCUGACGAAUUUGUCCACCAAUGCACAACCAACUUCUGAAGGUACAUUGGUGAUUCAUUGGUUUGAAACUAUCCAGAAAAAGGUUUUGAGUGGAUGCAUGCAGUGCUUGGAAAGGAAACUGGUUCCUUUCAUACUCAAACUCUCUGGACUGAUUCGUGGUGUGUUCUUUGAGUAUUGGAGGAAACAGGCAAAUGCUUCCCGCUCUAGUGCAUUAGAAGAAAGACAAGAAAGCAGUUCUUCUGCUUAUGGUGAAGUUGUUCAUAAAUCAGAUGAUGCCCUCCCGUGCAUGGAGCGUCUUCAUAAACUGGAAAUGUUGUUUGAAGAAAUAAAGAGAAAACCUGCUGAGAUCCCAGCAGAGAAGGACCAAAUGAUCCAGCAAUCAAUGGAAAGGAUCAAAUCAGUGGAGGUGGACCUUGACAAGACAAAAAGGGUGUUGCAUACUGCAGUGGUGAAACAACUCGAAAUUGCAGAAUUGUUGGAGAACCUAAAACAAUCAAGUAAUCAUCGGGGGAGGUUAUUAUGUUGAAUAUACGAGAGGGUUGAUGCAACGUGAGUUUUGACUGCUAACCGUGCUGCAAGGGCAGUAGAUGCUAGAGUUUCUGCACUUUUGAGUACUUCUAAUCCUUUUACUCAGAACUCACAAAAGUGUUUCUUUCAAGAUGUUCAUUAUACUAAUAAUGUGUCAAAAAGGAAAAGCUUAAAGGAAACAGCUUCAAAUUUGAUGCAAUAAAUGUGCCUUUACAAAUUGCCAGUGUGAAGAAUCGGCUACGUGCUGAUGUUUUCCAGGAGAACGUCUUGGCAUGUGUUGAAUAGUUCUUUCGAGUUAAUAGUCAAAAACACAUUUAAACUAUGAGUUUUUCGCGAGUUUCACACCCAAUAAUUAGUUAUUCCCUUUUCAUACCUGAA